AUGGGCGAAAAUUCUUUGAUGGGAACAGGGCAUAAAUACCUAUUCAUUUCCCAAAACAUCGUUCUUAAUUCGAAUUAUUGCUACAUUCACACAAACUUUUUGGCGUCAAUGCUAAUAAUUCGGCAUCAACGUGAAAAUUAG